CUGACCCAGCGCGCCUCCCCACAGGGCUGCCCGCCGUGCCAGGACGCCCGAAUUCCCAGUUGGAUUUGGUGAUGGUUUCACUGCUCCAGGAUCAAUCCGAUAUUAAAUUUUCUUCUUCGGACACUCUGGAGAGCGACCAACACGGCAAUCUCAUGCAGACACAUGAGGAUUCCAGCUCGCCAGUGCAACAAGAGAAUCCUGGAUUCCGUUGCCAGCCAUAUGAUGGAGAAAACAGGACGGAGAGGACCAAUUCAGAUUCUUCUCAGAGCCCCAGCCCUUCUUCCUCACCUUCUGAUCAGAUCUACAGGAGAGGCAUUCAUGGUGACAAGGAUGUAUUCAGAGUCCCUUCAGCGGCUGAGAAAUUCAGGCGAUACGGCUAUGAGGAAACCACCACGGGAGGCUGUGGCAGGUUCCUCAAAAAUAACAUCCGGAAUCCCUUCCACCCGUACAAAAGGCAGUUCACAGAAGAACCCUUCCAAGAGAGCCACCAGACCCUUCCAGUGGACAAACACCCCUUCAAACUGGCAAUUAUGGAUGGUUUUGAAGAGAUGGCAGGGCCUACUGUUACCGGAGAAGCUGAGGUGUACAUCACACAUGUUCCUAACCUCUCCUCAGAGCCACCGUGGUGUAACACUCAACAGUUUAACCAUCCAGGGCAAGAGCACCACUCCUCACAAGUGAUGGAUCCAGAGGUCAAAUUGAAGACGCCCCCACUGGAGGGGCAGCCAAACCUGUACAGCUACCAACCUCAGUUGCCACAAAUGUAUUGCCCUUCACACCCUUUCCCUCAGUACCCCCCUGGAGGCAGUUAUCCGGUGACCUAUAUCUCUGCAUCUCAUUAUCCGUACCAAAGAAUAGCCCCUCAAAGCAGCCAGGAACACCAACAGCCACUCUUUCCAAAGCCCAUCUACUCAUACAGCAUUCUCAUCUUCAUGGCACUAAAGAACAGCAAGACCGGAAGCCUUCCCGUCAGCGAGAUUUACAAUUUCAUGACGGAGCACUUCCCUUACUUCAAGACGGCUCCUGAUGGCUGGAAGAACUCCGUACGCCACAACUUAUCCCUGAACAAGUGCUUUGAAAAAGUUGAAAACAAGUCCGGCAGCUCCUCUAGAAAAGGCUGCUUGUGGGCCCUGAAUCCUGCCAAAAUCGAUAAAAUGCAGGAGGAGCUGCAGAAAUGGAAGAGGAAAGACCCAAUGGCUGUGAGGAAAAGCAUGGCCAAACCAGAAGAACUGGACACGCUGAUAGGAGGCAGGACUGAAAAGCUGAGAUCUUCCCUGCCAGGUUGUAGCCCGACUCCCUCAGUUCCUGGCCACAUGCCUCUCCAACAUCCCUCUCUGUGUGAGCCACCCAUCUCUGCAGCACAGCCUGUCCAUGCACUUCCCAAACAAGGACCACCACCAGUCAAGAACCCGCUGCCAAACGUUCUCCGGGGUCAACAGACUUCCUGCUACAGGGCAGCACCAGGCUUCGCUCCGCUCUCUCCCACUUUUGUACAGCAGUUACCUGACAGCCCUCAAGCACUCGUCCCAUCAGCUGAGGCACAAGAUGAACACCGAGUGCUGUCCAGUACAACGCACGAGCCCCCCUUGCCUGCUCCACCGCCUCUGGGACGUGCCAUGAAAGAGCACGGAGCUGCUCGGACUGUGCAGGACCUCUUCAUGCCAGAAGGAGACCUCAGCAACGACGUUGAUGCCCUCAAUCCUUCCCUCACUGAUUUCGACCUCCAAGGAAACCUUUGGGAGGAGCUGAAAGACGACAGCUUGGCCGCCGACCCCCUUGUCCUUGUUUCGUCAGCCCCAUGCUUUGCUUCUCAGGGCCCGAUGGACAGCAGCAGCUUCGACAGCCACAGCGGGAUGCCACACCAGAGUUUGCCUGACGUGCACCUUACCACUCUUUACUCUGCUUUCAUGGAGUUGGACACAGGAUCUCCUUCUUCCUACCUAAAUAACCCCGGAUCCAAGGCUGUUGCUCUGGUCUAAGACACAAGAUAGUCACUUCUGUGCCGAUGGGGAUUCAAUUCCAGCACAAGGUCAGCAACAGCCCCUGAAAUCAAUGAAGAACCGUCAGAACAAAAUGAAUGUCUUCCAGAUUCAAAAGCCUUUUUGAAGCAUUGUAAAACACAGACCGACAGACUAGGGCUGGCCACUCUAUUUAAAAGGCAAGAUGAUGUUUACCACACAGCCAUUAAGCCACACCAUCCCACUGGUCUUCAACAGAGAAGUUGCAGGAAGUGACUGUAUAGGGAUAUGAGCUAUGAGCUGAUCCCUUUAAGUUACUCUAAAUAUUUCCAUGGAAGUCACUAUUAAUCACUGCAUUUUGCAAUACACUUUCAAAAGUAAGUUUGACAAACAGGGAAGUGCGAAACAACCCUGCACCGAAAACAGAGGGCAAGGGUGUACACAGCCCAAAAUACCCAUAGUAGCAUCGUUUCCAGUCAUUUGCAUAUUUUCCCAGUUUUCACAUGUUUAAGAAAAUGGGGCUGGUCAAUUAUAGAACAGAGCAUACCAGUAAAAUCAAAUCUUGCAGAUAGCAAAAUUCCUCUACUCAUUGUUGUCAUUUACCCCAAUGAUUAAGAAAAACAUGGGAGACAACCUUAGAUUCAAGAUGCUGGAGGAGAACACGGGCAGAACGUUCAAAAAGCACCUAGUGACUGGAUAAAUUGAUUGAAAUGUUGAUUGGAGCACAAAUUAUUGAAAUAAUUAAAAACGCUCUUUGAAGACCAGACCUGUAAAAUGUUAACCUCUGUCCUUCUGGAAAUGAACCUAGCCCACCGUGCCUUCUCCUUCAGGAACGAGAUUUCAUAGGGUCGUAACGAUCAGUUGACUCCUCUUACGCCCUCUGAAUUCAAACACAGCGCUUAGUGUGUUCUUGCAGCAAUUUGUGAAAAGCUUCAUUUUCAUACAUAGUAAGAAUACCUUUAUAUAGUAGGAAUGUGACAAUUUUAUUUUCUUCCAAACAUUAAAGUGUUCCAAGCAAAGUGU